AAAGGCAACAAUCCCAAAUCAGAAAUUUAGUGGAAACAAAUGCAAUAACAAUUCCAACCACCAUAUAUUUCUUCAUAUGAAUAUCAUUCCAUAUAUGUGUCUUUCUUCCUUUAUUUCCAAUAACCACCACCACCUUAUAGCAGUAACUUUUUCUUUUUUUUUACCCCAGCUAAUUACAUUUUACAACAAGACAUUCAUAAAGGCUUGAAAAAAGUUACCAACAAGCCUCACUCUCGUUUUCUUCUUUCCCUUUUCUCUUCUUCUUCUUCUUCUUCUUCUUCUUCUCUUCUUCUUCUUCAAUUCAGCCAUGGAUUCCUUCUCAAUGUUUCUCAACCCAUAUAUGAAUGCCCAUCAACAGUCCUCCAUAGUUGAAAUCCUUGCACUGUCAACCCUUGUCCCAUUGCUCUUUGUUAUGAGACACUCAUUGGGCUUCAACUAUCAUCAUCACAAUGGUGGUGGUGAAUUCAGGAGUAGAAGCCUAUGGAUUUACUUCAGUAGACUGGCUGUGGACUUCGUGUUCCUCAUUGUUCCAAUGCUUUUGAUUUUUACUGUUUUAGAAGAACAAACAUAUACAUGGACAGUCAUUUUGGGGGUUUUGCUCUUACUCUUUGGUAUAUCGAAGAGGUUUGUUGGCUCGAGUACGGAUUCAAAAUCUUCUGAAUCUUUUAGAGCAAACAUUACAUCGUACAGAGUUAUUGUGAUGGAGGUGGCUUGCCUGUGCAUCUUGGCCGUUGAUUUCGAAAUAUUUCCAAGAAGACAUGCCAAAUCAAGAAUGUAUGGGAUUAGUUUGAUGGAUCUUGGGGUUGGCUCUUUUGCGCUGACUAAUGCAGUGGUGUCAAAACAAGCUCGUGGUAUUUCCUCGUUGAGCUUGAAGGAUGCAAGUGGCGCCAUUAUCCCUCCAUUGGCUGUAGGAUUUGGGCGACUCAUUUUGACAAAAAGUGUGCAUUAUGGGGUUCCUGCUGGUGAGUAUGGAGUGCAUUGGAACUUCUUCUUCACAUUAGCAGCUCUUGCAAUGCUUGCAUCCUUCAUCAGAAUCCCCACCAACUACUCUGCGAUUUCGGGUCUCUUGAUUUUGAUAGGGUAUCAAUGUUGGUUAAGUAAAGGAUCAAACUCGUACUUGCUUUCUAAUACGAGGGGAGACGAUAUCAUUAGCCAAAACAAGGAAGGAUUAUUCAGUUUAUUUGGGUUUUGGGGCAUGUACCUCAUUGGCAUCCAAUUGGGGAACUAUCUCUUCUUUGGAAGACAAUUACCUUCCUCUAACAACGAGAGCAACAAGUGGAUCAAGAUCAAAAUCUCAUGCCUUUCUGUUAUUUUUUGGCUGAUAACUAUUGCCUUGGAUAAGUAUGUUGAAAGCAUUUCUCGCCGAAUGUGCAAUCUUGCUUAUGUCACUCUAAUUCUGGCGGAGAAUCUCCAGUUAUUAGCGAUACUAAUGGUAUCGGAUUCUUUGAGGGAGAGCAGUAAAACUUCAACCCUCGAAGAAGCAGUAAAUCGAAACCUACUCGCCACCUUUCUUGUGGCAAAUGUGCUGACGGGUCUUGUAAACAUGCUCAUGGACACCAAGUCAGCAUCUCCAAUGGUGGCUCUGUCCAUUUUGCUGGCUUAUGCGUUUCUCACAUCCAUUGCUGCUUCCAUCCCUCACUUCUAUGGAUUUAGGCUCAAAUUCUGGUAGCUAGCUAGAUUCUGAAAGGAUCCAAUUUGACUGUAUUAGUGGGUAGAAGUAUGUAUGUAAAAUUAGUGGUUGAACAAGUCUUGGACCCUUGGUUGAGGGGCUGGCUAUUUGGUCCCGGACUGUUUGGUUUUACUCGAAACCGGACCGUAUAACCCGGAUCGGGACCGGACUGGGACCGAAUAGCAAACAAUGCAAUCUCAUAUUCGGGCUUAGAUUUGAGGUAAAAAAAACCGGAUAAAGAUCGGAUAAGAGACCCCCAACACCUAAAAUCAAGAUAAAAUUGGGACCGGACCGGGUCAAGACCGAACCGGAUCAAGACCGGAUUGUAUCCAAUCCAAUCUUUGGUCCUUAUAUUCCCGAAAAGACCGGACUGAGACCGAAUCAAUUUGGUCCAAUUUAACCGGACCGGACCGUAUAGCCACCCUUGAGGCCAACUCUUUGCACAUAAAGCCCACCACCAAAUUUGGGUCAUUUGAUGACCCUCAAACCCUAGCACCUUUGUCUCUGAAUGUUACCAACCAAUUUGCCUAUGCGGCCAUGUCCUUUUCUUAACUUCAAUGCUCCAACCAAGAAGCCAUUACUGUCUCCUUCCUUUUUCCUUUCGUUUUUUGGCUGUGAUAGUUGAAACUUGAAACACAACUUCGAAGUGUGUUUUCCGUCUACGUAAUUGAGCGUUGAAUAAGUUAAAUAGUUGAAAGUCACCAAAAGAUUAAUAUUCCCCGCAGGUGCUGGCCUUGUGCUAUCAGAUUAAUUACUUGACGGACACUACUCCAUUAGCUAAUCCUCGAAGAAGCAACCGAUCAAAAUCAACAACCACCCACACAAAUCGCGAUAUCAUCAAUUUAUCACAAUAGCUCAAAUAAUUAGAAGAGAUGGGAGAAUGCAUAUCAAAUUAAAUUUUGUGUACGCCGCUUUAAGAAAAAUCGAUCAUUGGUGAAUCGCUGCACAAAUCCAUCAUUACCGUAUGCUCAGUCAAUAAUAUUAGAACACAUAUAGGACCGUUAAUUAGGUGUUCAUGUUAGGCCUCUUGAUCAUUAAAGCACGGGAUAUACAUAUGAUGAUAUUUUCAAGUGUUGAGGCCAGUAAAUAGCAUCCAAAUUUUGGUAGACUGAUGUGAUAAAGCUUUACUGUACGCAUGUGAAAUUUAUUUCUCGCUCUUCCUAACUAUAACUCAAAUUAUUUGGAAUGAAGCGAUUGUGAUAUGUUAUCGAAUUUUAAAAUGAUGGAUAAAUAAUGUAUUCAAAGUCUGAUAACAUCCAACAUUCACGAUUGAUUUAGAUACAUAGAGAUUUCACAAACACUCAAGAUAACGUGCCCUAGCUAUUUUCUUGUUUAUCCGGCCACUUUUAUUUUUCUCUUUCAUUUUUCGUUACGAGGGAAAUCCAUCAAAGAUGGUAAAUCUCCGUCUCUAUGAAUACUCGAAAAAGCCAUAAAAGCAAUUAAGUCGAGAACACAGCUCUAUCGGUAGCAACCGAGGGGAUAACACAUAAAUUAAUGACAACAACCAAGAUUUAAAUCCAUGACCUCCUGAAUCCAAACCUGCGCAUUUACCAUCUCCCCCACCCAUUUGUUUUAUUUUUCACAAAUUGUUAAUCAAGUGGAGGAUUAUAAUUAGAUGGCCAAAGAAAUUGAGCUUUGGUGAUUCAUGAAGGUAAAGGUAGGUAGUUAGCUAGGCGGCCAUAGGGGUGGUAUAUAUGGUAAAAUAAGGGCAUAUGGAGGGUGGGGAAAUGAUAAUUAAGAACCCUAACCAGCAUUUGCAGAAUAUGGUGCGAAUUUACACCUGGAAAAGAUGUUCACUUUCAGCUAAAACAACAACAUCUAGGGCUUGUUUUUGGCAAAGCAACAACUCACUCUUUCACUACUAUUUCCCUAUCACCUCUCUUUCCUUGCCAAAAGCUAACUUAAGAAAGAGAAUAGUCUAUU